AUGCCGUCGCUUCAAGCGGUGAUGGUGCACGGCGGUGAGGAGAAGAAGGUGGGCGCCACGAAUGGAGCGCCGCCCACGUACACGCCCCAUACUCUGGUGAGCCUCCUCCGGGCGCGGUCGGAGCGGAGCACCAAGGCCGAGGAGAAGGUGGAGUGGGUGCGGUCGCAGCUCGUCGGCCACGACGCCGAGUUCGAGACGCCGUUCGGCCGCCGCGCGCUCCUCUACGCCGACCACACCGCCACCGGCCGCAGCCUCCACUACAUCGAGGACUACAUCCUCAAGAACGUCCUCCCCUUCUAUGGGAACACGCACACGGAGGACAGCUACGUGGGCAGCAAGACGACGCGGAUGGCGAGGAAAGCGGCGAGCUACAUCAAGCGGUGCAUGGGCGCGGGCCCCGACGACGCGCUGCUCUUCUGCGGGUCGGGCGCCACGGCGGCGGCGAAGCGGCUGCAGGAGGCGAUCGGGGUGGCGUGCCCGCCGGCGCUGCUGCGGGCGCGCGCCGGCGCCGCCUCCGCGCAGCAGCUGCUGCGCGCGGAGGAGCGGUGGGUUGUGUUCGUGGGGCCCUACGAGCACCACUCCAACCUGCUGUCGUGGAGGCAGUCCCUGGCCGACGUCGUGGGCAUCGGCGCGGGUGCGGGCACCGACGGCGACGACGGGCUCGUCGACCUCGCCGCGCUACGGCGCGCGCUGGUGUCGCCCGAGUACGCCAACCGCCCCAUGCUGGGCUGCUUCUCGGCGUGCAGCAACGUCACCGGCGUGCUCACCGACACCCGCGCCAUCGCACGCCUCCUGCACCAGCACGGCGCCUUCGCCUGCUUCGACUUCGCCGCCAGCGGGCCCUACGUUGACAUCGACAUGCGGUCGGGGGAGAUGGACGGCUACGACGCGGUGUUCCUCAGCCCGCACAAGUUCGUCGGCGGGCCGGGCACGCCGGGGAUCCUGCUCAUGAACCGGGCGCUCUACCGCCUCGCCGGCAUGCCGCCGUCCACCUGCGGCGGCGGCACCGUCGCCUAUGUCAACGGAUUCAGCGAGGAGGACACGGUGUACUACGACGACAUCGAGGAGCGCGAGGACGCCGGCACGCCGCCCAUCGUGCAGAAGGUGCGCGCGUCGCUGGCGUUCUGGGUCAAGGAGCACGUCGGGCGCGACGCCGUCGCGCUGCGGGAGCAGGUCUACGCGGAGGCGGCCAUGGCGCGGCUGCUCAGCAACCCCAACGUCGAGGUGCUCGGCAACGUCGCCGCGCGCCGCCUGCCUAUCUUCUCCUUCCUCGUCUACCCGGGCGGAGAAGGAGAUGACACCUCCUACGCGUCAGCGACCGGGAGCCCGCGGCGGCGGCGGCUGCCCCUGCACGGCCGGUUCGUCGCCAAGCUCCUCAACGACCUGUUCGGGAUCCAGGCCAGGGGCGGCUGCGCGUGCGCGGGGCCCUACGGCCACGCGCUCCUCGGCGUCGGCGAGGACCUCUCGCUCCGCAUCCGCGACGCCAUCGUCAGGGGGUACCACGGCGUGAAGCCCGGGUGGACGCGGGUCAGCUUCGCCUACUACCUCUCCCGCGACGAGUUCCGCUUCGUGCUCGCCGCCAUCGACUUCGUGGCCGCGCACGGCCACCGCUUCCUCCCGCUCUACAGCUUCGACUGGGCCACGGGAAACUGGGCGUUCCGCCGACGGACGUUCAAGCACCACGUCAUGAGGGAGGAGCUGCUGCGCGAUCACCGUGGCCGCCGCACCUCCACCACCACCGUCGUCGACGCCGAUUCGGACGACGACGACGAGCAGUACUACCCGAAGAAGAAGACCACCGCCGCGGAUCAGCAGCAGGCUGCUGGCCUGACCACAGACAAGUUUCAGAGCUACCUGGAGACUGCCACCAAGAUCGCGCUGUCGCUGCCGGACACGUACCAUGAACUCGUGGCGAGCGUGCCCAAGGGAUUGGACCCCAACGUUAUACUCUUUCGAGUGUGA